AUGAUUUUGACAUCCGUCACUUGGCGACCAUUUGCACCAAAAUGGGUUCUUAAUUCCUUUUCUGAAAUUGUCGAAGGCAAGCCUUUCACGAAAAUCCUCGAGGAUGCCAUCGUGGCGAUCCAAAAGAGGCUGGAAGCGCAAAUCAAGUCUGCCGACAUGAAUGAAGAUAUGCAACAAGAGGCUGUCGAAGUCGCCCAAGAAGCCAUGGCCAAGUUCACGGUUGAGAAGGAUAUCGCACAACACAUCAAGAGAACCUUCGAUGAACGUAAGGGACCGACCUGGCACUGCAUCGUCGGUAGGAACUUUGGCAGCUUCGUAACGCAUGAAACCAAGCACUUCCUUUAUUUCUAUCUCGGCCAUUGCGCGAUUCUUCUCUUCAAGACUCAGUAA